GACAUUUGACGUAAAUGUCAGUGAAUUAUUUGUUUGUGUAUCAUUUCUUAUUUUAGUUACCCAUAAUGUUUACCUAAUGGCGCAUUCAUACGCGAUAAUAAAUAUCGUUUUAAAAACAACUUUAAUCAAAAAUAGCACGAAAUCAAUGUGAUUUACCACUACAGUAUAAUAUUCCAGUAUCCAGAGGCUUCCUUUCUGCAGAUAUAUUAAAUUCAAAGCUAUUUUUUUAUGUAAAUACGUAACUAUGAUCUGCAUUCAAGUUCAAAUAGGUCUCAAAGCUUUCUUUUUAUCAUUAGUUUUGGCAGGACUAGUCGGAUUUAUACAGAUAUACUAUAAUUUAAUAAAUAUUUGGAUCAAUGGGUUAGUGUUUUCAUCCACUGCUGUAAUACUUAGCAUUAUCGUUAAAGUAUUCUUUAAAGGAUAUUUUCCAUUUCAGAUUGCUGUUAGAGCAAGCUUCUUAGGAUAUUUAUUUGCCUUAGGAGUGUUUGUAAGGCUAGUUGCCCCUCCUCAUAUCAAAAUAUUUGGGGGUUAUAUGUGUGUGAUGGCGUUCUUCCAUUUUAGCGAGUUUAUUGCUAUAGGUUUAGUCCAACCGAAAUUUGUAUCUACCGAUUCCUUUGUCCUCAACCACAGUCCUCAAUAUAUAGCAGCUGCACUUUCUUCUUGGCUAGAAUUUUUCCUCCAGUGUUACUUUUUUCCAGGGUUGAAGCAAAUUUAUUGGUUAUCAAAUAUUGGUUUGGGUAUAUGCUUUCUGGGGGAAUUAUUAAGAAAAACUGCAAUGUUGACUGCUGGAUCAAACUUCAAUCAUUUGGUGCAAUGUGAAAAGUUUAGUAACCAUACUUUAGUUACAUAUGGAGUUUAUAGUUGGUUUAGACAUCCUAGUUAUGUGGGGUGGUUUUAUUGGUCGAUUGGUACCCAGAUUUUACUUUUGAAUCCGGUUUGUACACCGGUUUACGCUCUGGUAAGCUGGUACUUCUUCAAAUCAAGGAUAGAAAUAGAAGAAAUAACGUUAUUGAAUUUCUUUGGGCAAAAUUACUGUGAUUAUCAAGAAAAAGUCGGUACCGGAAUACCUUUUAUACAAGGUUAUAAAAUAUAGUCGAUAAUUUAUCUCAGUGAUGCGACGGUUUCAUGAAAAUUGUUUUUUUAAUUAAAUCAAAGUUUUAAAUUGUAACUUUUAUGUUUGGAAUUUGAAGAAAAAAAUUGAAAUCAUGUGUCGAAAAAUCGACAAAAUGAGAAUAAAAAUAAGUUUUGAUCUUAUGACAUUUAUUUACUUUUAAUUCAAAUAAAAUUACUAUUGAAAUCCCCUCGUAUUUUGGCUUUAGAGAAUAACCCAAAUUAUUAACUGGGGUAAUUCUACAAGCCUUGUUUGGACCUAAAUCGUCGAUCUUCAUACUUAAAUUUACUUUUACAUGAAUCCUUUAGUAUUACAAGGGGAUAAAGAAAAGUUUCAGUAUACUUUGCAUUAGAUUUAUACUGACAGUGUUGUGCUUAAAAUAUAUAAUUAUUUUUCCAUAUUCUCCAUUUUCAAAUCACCUUGUAGACACGCCAAUUAUGUAUUAAAAUAUAUUCAGUGUGCAUACGAUAAGUAAUUUUUAUCAUUGAAAUAUGAAAUUUUAAAACUGCAGAGCGUACCUACUACUAUAUAUUUUUGUAUUUCGAUUUAUUUAUUUUUGUUCUACGUCUAGUCUUAUUGUUAUUUUUAUGUAAUAAAAUUUCUAAAAACA